AUGAACACCAGUGAAGAAGUAGGUGACCUCGCUAAAAUCUUCAAUAGUCUGAUGAAUCUAACGAGGAGAUUCAUAUUUAGAGUUCUAUGCGUCGGUCCAAUCCCUAAUCACAUCUCAUUCAUCAUGGAUGGAAACCGCAGAUUCGCCAAGAAACACAAUCUUAAAGAGCUAGACGCAGGACACAGAGCCGGUUUCGUAUCCGUAACAUAUGUUCUUCAAUACUGCAAAGAGAUUGGUGUACCGUACGUCACACUCUACGCUUUUGGUGUAGAUAAUUUCAAGAGAGAACCUGAAGAAGUCAAGUGUGUGAUGGAUCUGAUGCUGGAGAAAGUUGAGCUCACAAUCGAGCAAGCUAUCUCCGGGAAUCUAAAGGGACUGAGAGUGAUCUUUGCCGGUGAUUUAAACUCGUUAAACGAGCGUCUUAGAGCCGCGGCGCAGAGACUGAUGGAAGUUACGGAAGACAACAGAGGUCUAGUGGUUGUGGUUUGCGUUGCUUACAGUACAAGCCAUGAGAUUCUUCACGCUGUUCGAGAAUCUUGUGUGAGAAAGUGUGAUGAUGGAAAUGGACCUGCGGUUUUGGAGGUGAAUGAUAUUGAGGAGUGUAUGUAUACAUCGGUUGUGCCGGAUCCGGAUCUUGUGAUAAGAACCGGAGGUCGAGACCGGCUGAGUAACUUCAUGACGUGGCAGACUUCGAGGUCACUCCUUCAUACCACGGGGGCUCUUUGGCCGGAGUUAGGGCUCUGGCAUUUGGUUUGGGCCAUUCUUAAAUUCCAGAGGAUGCAAGAUUACUUGCAGAAAAAGCAAAAGCUCGACUAA